AAAAAAAGGUAACUGUUGCUUCCGGAACCACAAGUGCAACAUCCGCUAGAUGCAGCAGAAGGGUAAAGUGCGAUCCUGUUGGCCGGUCAACAUAAGGGAAAGCGCGUCGUUCUGCUGAUGGCCCUGAAGUCGGGUCUGCUGCUGGUGACCGGUCCUUUUGCCCUGAACAACUGUCUGGUUCGUUGUGUCUCGCAGAACUAUGUCAUUGCGACCAAGACCCGCGUCGAAGCACAUCAACGACGGCCACUUCCGUCGGGCAUGCAAAAGAAAACCAGCCACAUCGAGAAGGACAUCUUCAAAAGGUACGUGCCGUCGGAGCAGUGCAAGGCCGACCAGAAGAACGUCGACGAGGAGGUCCUGAAGGCCAUCAAGGUACACCCAGAAGCCAGGGGGAUCCGCCGGUACCUCAGACGAUGUUUUCCCUGUCAUCGUCAUGUGCAGCACCAGUCUGAGAAUUUCGCGGGUCAACGGAGACUCAGCAUCACAAACAACCCAAAUGCAUCGUUAAGUAAGUACAUUCCGUAUUGCAAAAAUCACCAGAUAAGAUUUAAUUUCCACUACAAAAAUUAAAUUGCUUUUGAGAAUUCAAUUUUGCCCCGUUGAAUCUAGAUUUCGAUUCUAUUUUCAAACACUUUUUUC